AUGGUGCAAGCGAUAAAACUAAGUCAGCUGGCUAAGCGCAAGCGUGAGGAGGCAAAAAAUGCUGAAGUUGAGUCUGAUGCUAGCUUUUCCGUCUCAGAUUCAGAUUCUGGCGAAGAUAGUGACGACCAAGAUGAAGGAGAAAUCAUCAACAUUGACUUUGAUUUCUUUAAUGCUAACCCCGAUAUAGACUUCCAUUCGGUGAAAAACCUGCUCAGACAGCUUUUUGGAGCUCAAACGUCUAAUAUGAUACAGCUAAGCGCUCUGACUGAUCUGGCUUUGGCAUCGCCGAUGACUACCAUCAAGACUGAUGGUCAAGAAUCUGAUCCAUAUUGUUUUCUGUCGUUCAUUAACUACAAAGAAAACAAGAACUCAAACUACGCCAAAUUUUUAUCAAAGGUUGACCCUAAAAUCAGUAAUUUCCUUUCAACUAUCGAUAAUUCCCACCAAACAUGUGCCUUGGUUCUUUGUGAACGUCUAAUCAAUAUGCCAGCAGAAUUGAUUCCUCCGCUAUAUAGAACAACCCUUGAAGAUAUCGAAAAAAGCUCUGAGAAUGGCAAACACUUUGACUUUUACCUAAUUGUGAGCAGGAAAUACGAGGUCAAUUUUGAUAUGGAUAGCGAUGAUGAUGAUGAUGACGAAGACCAAGACUCAAAACCCCGUAAGAGAGUCAAAGCUGCAGAAGUGGACUAUUUCCACGAAGAAGACAGAUACCUAGAAAAGAAUGCCGAAAUACAUAUUGAGACGGGGGCCAAGAAAGGUAUUAUUGCUUCCUAUAUAGUCAUAGACCACGAUGGUCUUGUGAAAGCCAUCCAAGAAUUGCAGGAUAACAUUGCCAGCUGGAAAUAG